AUGAACACGAUCUUCAAAAACCUCUCGGAAUUCUUCACGCCUGAGAAUGAAUCCUCGAGUUCUGAGCUACAACGAGCGUGGCCGGUAGACCAAUCACAAUCUCACACUCGCGAAACAUCCGAUGACGGAUCACGAGGGACUUCGAUCUUCAAUUUCCCGAGAAGUAGCAAGACAAAACAGUUUAUUGAGCGACGGGUUUCGAAAGUUGCAGUUGGACAAUUUUUCAAUAAGGUGCAAUCGUGGUUUGAGUCUAGCGAUGAGGAUGAUGGGUUUCUCGCUUAUAGCGCGGAGGAUGUGAAUUAUGUCCCGGGGUUUGGUGUCGAGAUUAAGAAGGAGAAUGAGAGUAAUGUAAUGAUAGUGCGGCAGGAGAAUGAUCGUUGGGAAAAGAGGAGGUGGAGGGAUGAGGUGGUCAGGGAGGAGGACGAGUCGAGGGGCUUGUCGAGAACGAAGAGUUUUAGUGAGCCGCCGAGAGGGAGGAAGAGGAGUAGGAGUGUUGAGGGGAAGUGA